UAACGAGUGCUAAAUUAUAGAAAAAUAAAAAAUAAUUUUAAAAUAGGAAAGAAGAAAAAAAUUAAAAAAUGAAUGAGUCAGAUAACAGUUUUACACUUACAAAGUUAAUUGAAAGAUUGAACGAGUUAUUUGAUCAUGAAAAGGUCGAUGUUAAUGAAGUUCAGAACGCUAUGGAGACAUAUCAAUCAAAUUUGCCUGAGUGGAAAAAGUAUGCUCAUUUUGAUGAUUACAGGUAUACCAGAAAUUUAGUUGAUUCUGGAAAUGAAAAGUUUAAUUUGAUUUUGCUUUGCUGGGGAGUAGGUCAUGGAAGUGCUAUUCAUGAUCAUGCAAACUCCCAUUGCUGGAUGAAAGUAAUGGAUGGAACUCUUACAGAAAAGCUUUAUGACUGGCCAAAUCAAGUAGAUUGCCAUACUAAUACAGGUCAUGUCCAAAUGAAGUCAAACAUUGUCAAAGAUUAUACAAAAAAUCAAGUUGCAUAUAUUAACGAUACUAUUGGAUUACAUCGUAUUGAGAAUAAAAGUCCUAAUCAACGAGCUGUUUCGCUUCAUUUGUAUUCUCCUCCUUUUAAGAUGUGUCAUUCAUUUGAUGAGAGGACUGGUAAAAUGAACACUUGUGAAGUUGUGUUUUGGAGCCAAGGUGGCAUCAGGACUUCACAUGGAAAGAUAAAUCAAAUCGCUUCUACAAAGAACUCAGCUGAUCAGACUUAACAUGUCAAAGUUGAUUAUUGACGAAUUAUUCGUCGGCGUCAUUAGCAUCGAUACUAUGGUUAUUAAUCUGCAUAGAAGAGUCAAAUAGUUGAGAUUGUUUAAUUAUCUAAUAAUUAAGAUUGAAAAUUUUUUGCUGUUAUGAUAAUUAUUUGUUUUCUUUUUUUGUGUGUGUGUGUGUUGUUUUUUUUUUGUGUGUGUGUUUUGUUUUUGUGUGUGUGCUUCGUUUUUUGUGUGUGUGCUUCGUUUUUUGUGUGUGUAUUUUUUUAGAUUAAUAAACUUUAUUAUAUGCAUUUAUUUAAACUUUAUUUAUAAUAUCGCCAACUUUGUUUAACUCGUUAAAUUUGUUCUUAAACAUAAAUAAUAUUUUUAAUUUAA